CCUACGCACGACAAAUUUCCUAAUCUCUCUCUCUCUCUUCUCUUUCAGCCAUUUUCCGAUCAUCUUCUUCUUCUUCUUCUUCUUCUUCUUCUAGAUGCAAUGGGGACUCCUCGAUCGCCGGCGACAGAUUUCUUCGGAAUUUCCAAGACAGCAUGCAAAGCAUACAAGUCACUCGUCACCAAAUUGCAUCCUCUUUCUUCUCAUCGCAAAUCCGAUUCCCACUCCGACGCCGAUUCCGCAAUCCACCAGAGAUAUCUGGAAGAAAAAUUCGCGGAGGAAGAUGAUCUGAUCGCUGCUCGGAGAGGUCUCCGGUUACAGAGCAUGGACGAUAGCUCCGUCUUCAAACGCCGAUCUUCUCUCCUAUCAAACUCAAGUAGCCGCCGCAGCCACACGCCACAAGCCAGACCGACAUACCUCUCCUCCUCCGCCUCUUCCAACCGCCGAUCUGCUUUCUCCAGAAGCAUCAGCCGUAGAGACGAAGGAAGCAGCCACGGUGGCGCAGGGAGAAGCCAUGGUCUGAAAUCACGCCCUGUCUCGAACAACACGAGCCCAAUGGCUUCACCUUUCACAAGCCCGAGAGGGAAAGAUCAAACCUUAGGUGAUUUGUUUGGCCCUGCACAGGGAGUUUCUUCUCCUCCAAGCUAUAGCCCGAUAAACGGCGUGAAGUCGUCUCCUACGUCGUCGAUUUCGAAGAGUGGUAGCAAGAGAGAUAAAGACGACAGAGGCUCGACGACGUCGACGUCGGUGCCGUUUUCGAAGAGCACCAGCACGAGACAUUCGGAGAGGGAUAGUGGAGGAUCAAUGGGGAAGAGCAUUAGCCGGAGGAGCACCACGCCGAUAGUUUUCUCGCAGUCAACGCCGCCGAAAAAACCACCGGCCGUGGAGAAAAAGCUUGAGUGUACGUUGGAAGAACUCUGCCAUGGCGGAGUCAAGAACAUCAAGAUUACUAGAGACAUCAUCUCCGAUGAAGGAUUGAUAAAGAAACAAGAAGAAACGUUAAGAGUGAACAUCAAACCCGGAUGGAAGAAAGGGACGAAGAUCACAUUCGAAGGAGCAGGGAGCGAAAAACCGGGUUAUCUCCCGGAAGACAUUACAUUCGUAGUUGAAGAAAAGAGACACCCUUUGUUCAAAAGACGCGGAGAUGACUUAGAGAUUGCGGUCGAGAUUCCUCUUCUAAAGGCUUUAACGGGAUGUAAACUCUCGGUGCCGCUACUUAGCGGCGAGUCUAUGUCAAUAUCUGUAGGAGAAGUGAUCUUUCAUGGAUUUGAGAAGGCGAUUAAAGGUCAAGGUCUGCCAAAUGCUAAAGAAGAAGGUAAACGAGGAGACUUGAAAAUAACGUUUUUAGUGAAUUUCCCAAAAGAGUUGAGCCAAGAACAACGAUCAAUGGCCUACGAGGUUUUGAAAGAUUGUUCUUGGGCAUAAAGGUUUCAAUAUAUACAUGGGUUUCAUGCCAUCCACUUCAUGUCUUUUUCUUUAUUCUUCUUUGUAUAUAAGUUUCACAAGUUGAGGGCUUGAGGCUUUAAAAGAAUAAA